AUCCAGGCGGCUUCGAGAUUCCCUGUCGCGCCGGGGUCCCAGCCGCCGCGCGCCCCAGACCUGGCCGCAGGCGCCCUGCAUUCCGGACGGCCGGCGACCCCUGGCGGAGGGAGGCAGGGAAGGUCCCCGACGGCAGGAGACCGAUGGCGGGGGCCGGGGGUCCCCUGCGCCUCCGCGACUGGCUGGUGGCGCAGAUCGAGAGUGGGCGCUACGCGGGGUUGUGCUGGGAGGACGCAGACAAGACCCUCUUCCGUAUCCCCUGGAAGCACGCGGCCCGGCAGGGCUACCGGGCGCAGCAGGACGCGGCGCUCUUCAGGGCCUGGGCCAUACACAAGGGCAAACACCUAGAGGGCAUCGACAAGGAGGACCCCCCCACCUGGAAGACCAGACUCCGCUGUGCUCUCAACAAAAGUGCUGACUUCUGUGAGGUGCGUGAGCGCAGCCAUCGGGACAGCUCCAGCCCCUACAAAGUCUACAGGAUCGUGGCCUACGGUGCCCAUGGCCCAGGUGCCAGAGCUUGUGCUCCCCCUGAAAAGAACAUUCCACGGAAGCAGCAGGAGCCCCCUGGAGAAGUGACUGAGCUGGCCUGCGGGACAGACCAGGAUGAUUCCAGAUCAACCACAGAGGAUAAGGACACCAAGCAAGCCCCCAGGCAGACCCAGCAGGGCUCCCUGCCACCAGCGGCUCGGCUCCCAGCCCCUCUGGCUGACCACAGGUACCAGGCACAGGACCCUACACACCACUGGAGCCCCUUGCUCUCUGAGGACUUCAGCAACCCUGAUUGCUGGCUGCACGUGCGGCUGUUCUACCGCGGGAAGCUGGUGCGCGAAACCACCACGCGCGUGGCCGAGGGCUGCCGCCUGAGCCCCCAGGAGGUCACCGCUGCGGAAGGCCUGCUGGGACCGCCAAGAUGCAUGGCGCAGGUGUGCUUCCCGGAGCCGCCCCCCGGCGCCCGCGUGCUGGAGCGCUUGCUGCAGCACCUGGAGCGGGGCGUGCUGCUGUGGGUGGCCCCCGAGGGUGGCCCGCUCGCCCCGCAUCGCGCGCAGCCCAACAAACUGGAGCGUGAGCACACCUGCCAGCUGCUGGACACGCUACUCUUCCUCGAGGAAUUGCGCGCCCACCUUCAGGACGGUCACCAGGAGCCCGAGUACCAAAUCCGUCUGUGCUUUGGUGAGGAGUACCCAGGGCCGCCAGACCAGCCGGAGGAGCGGCUCAUCAUGGCCCAUGUGGAGCCAGUCUUCGCCAGGGAGCUCUUCCUGCACUGGAAGCGCCACUACAGUGGUGUCCCAGCAGCACCGACGGUGUCCCUCACCUGCUGACACAGCUGAGUCAGCAGUGAAGGGUCACUUGCUCCUCUCCUGUCGUCCCAAGUCAGCCUUCCUCCCGUGGGUGCGGACCCUACUGCAAACCUGCCCAAAU